AUGGCACAGCGUACAACGCUAACCUUUGGCGACUCCGGGAUUCGGACAUCUGGAAUCUUCAGUCGUCCAUCUGAUACCCUCACCAGCGCACGCCAGCCGCUGCUCGUCCUGAUCCAUGGCGGGGGCACCAAUGCCUCGUACUUCGACAACGACGAGUUCCAUUCCGUUCCUACGGAUUUCAACAAGCUCGGCUUCGAUGUCUUGAACAUCAACCGCACCGGCUACGGAGGGAACCCGAUCCCCAAUACCGCAACCCCGAUCUUCGAUUCCAUCCCAGUGUAUGCCGACUUCAUUGCCCAUGUCUACCAACUCCACGGCUCUCAGGGCGGUAUCGUCCUCAUCGGCCAUUCACUUGGCGCAGCCAUCUCCCUCAUCAUCGCUGCACAACACGGCAACCGUCUGCCUUUGCUUGGGGUCAGUGCCCUUGGAGUCAUUCCCAGCAAGACCCGGCCCAAGCUCGGCAUUUUUGAAUCUCUCAAGAGCAAUCCGGGCAAUGAAAGAGUUCCACGCACCGGUCCGCCGUCGGCACAGGAUCUGCGUGCGUUUCUGGGCGCCCCAGAGUUCUUUGACCUGGCAAAGGCCCCAGCCACGCUGCCUAUCUUCGAGGAUGCGGUGGUGAAGGAGCUGCUGGAAUGGCUCGAUCCUGCCACUCAGGACAGGCUUAUCACCGAGAUUGGUCCUGCGGUUCAAGUCCCGUUACAAUAUCUGGCCGCCGAGAUUGAGAUAAGUUGGAACAGCCUGGAAGAAGGUCGCCCGAUCUUUGACGAGGCCAAAAAGAUCUUCACCCACGUUCCUCGCUUGGAUAGCGACAUCCUUCUCGGAGGUGGUCAUAAUUACGAAUUCUCCGUGAACUCCCAGAGGCUGCUGGAUCGUCGAGUACAGUUCAUAAGGAGUUUAGUAAGUAGUCCGAGCCCCAGCGAGCACCAUGAUCAUGAUCAUGAUCCUGAUCCCGCUUCAUUCCAGCGAGUGCCUGUCCUCGAUCUCGAUCAAGCCCAGAGCCCAGACACGCGACCAUUGUUUCUGCAGCAGCUUCGGAAUGCACUGCUGCACGUUGGCUUCUUCUAUCUGAAGAACACGGGGAUCUACCAAGAGCUCACGCACGCCCUGAUCUCCAAGACGCGCGAGUUCUUCGAUCUGCCGCUGGAGGAGAAGCUCAAAGUCGAGAUGGUGAACAGCAAGCACUUUCUUGGCUAUGCACGACUGGGGACCGAGAUCACGGCCCAGAAGUCGGACUUUCGCGAGCAGAUUGACUUUGCCACGGAAUUGCCGGCUCCAGGACCGAGCGAGCCGGUCUAUCGUAACCUACGCGGCCCCAACCAGUGGCCGGCUGAGCAUGGAAAUGCAAACUCAAUCCUCGGGUUUCGCGACACUAUCGAACGAUAUCUUUCGCAAGCGACUAAUCUGUCUCAGCAGCUGACCCGGUUGAUUGCCGAGAGCCUCGAGAUCUCGCCCGACUCAUUUGACGGCUUGUUCGACACUCCCAACCACAAUAAGCUGAAGCUGAUCAAAUACCCGCCGCCGAAGCCCGACGACAGAGACGUCCAAGGGGUUGGGCCGCACCAAGACUAUUGUUUCCUGACCCUUCUCCUUCAAGCCUCUGACCAUCGAGGGCUUGAGGUGCAGAACAAAUCAGGGGACUGGAUCCCUGCCUCGCCGAUCCCGGACACUCUGGUCAUCAACAUAGGCCGCGCGCUCGAAGCCGUCACUGGUGGUCUGUGCAAAGCCACCACACAUCGAGUGAACUUGAACGCGGAGAACUUUGUCGAUGGGCACGGUCGUCCACUGGGGCCACGAUACUCCAUGCCCGUGUUUCAGGGCCUGUCGCUCGACUUGUCCGCCAAAGACAUUCGUCUCCAAAUUCCGCAGCAUGUGAAAGACCUGGUGCAAGAUCAGGAGAUUCAGACCAAAGCUGAGAGGACUUUCAACGACAUGUUCCAGAGAAAGCUGGGCGAAGGUACUUUCCUAGCUAGAUUGACUAGUCACAAAGAUGUCGCCCAGCGCUGGUACCCAGAACUCCUACAGGAAGCUUUGCGGGCGCAGCAGGUUUUUAAAGAAAACAAACGUGUCUCGGCUUCAGCAUAG